ACCAGGCUUGGCCACUGAGCACUGGUGGAUUGCGGAAGUAUGUAUUGUUCCUGGUGGCUUAUGCUGCUAUCCAUUUGGAUGUACGAAGUGGUAAAGUCGCCAAUCUCCCAGCUUUCUUGCGGCAUUUCACUGAGGCACGCCCCCUUUCGGUCGUAGUAUCUCGUCGCUUUCAAAGUAGAGCGAGCAGAUCUGUACAACUAGCAAACAAGAUGGCUGCGCCCUUAGUCAAUGGGGAUUGAGCUGUAUUUUCUUUGUAUUUGUACCACGUUGGGGGUUAUAAUGUCAAUUUUAAAUCCUCUUACACACUUGAUUUCAUUGCUGCUUUAAUCCGGUCACCAAUGUAUGGUCUUGCUUUGCGUGAAAUUCAAUGUAAAGUUGUGUUUUCAAGCUGGUUUGCCAAAGAGGCUAUGUUGCUAAUGAUGACUAGCCCGCUACUACCCCUCGUGGCUCGACAGAAACACGACAGCACUUGUUGAAAUAAAGAUUGGCGAAAAUGGCAAAAUAUUAUUGCAAUGUAAAAGGCUUGCAAUGUUGAUGUUUCUGUAAAGGCUGGCAACCAUUAAACACUUGAUUAUUUAUUUUUUCCAAAAUAGUUUUCUUCUUAAACUCGUCGGACACAAAUAGCAAACUGGAAGGCUGGAGCAAGGGAAAUACGUCACGUUCUCGCUGAAGCUGGUCGUUCGUACCAGCCUACCAUCAAAAUGGAUAGCAGCAUUAGGGCUUGGUGGCGAUGUACACUUUUCGUACUCAACGGCAGCCAUCUUAGCUACGUAGCGGAAUAGGGCGGAGCCAGGCUGAGCCAAAGUCGGCGCAUUUUCCACAUAUCCUGCAUUCAUCGAGUCAUUUUGUAGUUUUUAUAGCUGCUAGGCGUAAAGAGUUCACCAUUCAAAGCGGGAUGUUUAUUGAGGGGGAGGAGCCGCGGCGGCAGUCGUGAUCGUAAUUUCCGACACACAAGGAAUAAUUGAUAUUGAUCUCCGCCUCAUCAAGACCGAAGAUUGGAUGAAGACUAAGAAGACCGUUAAUCCCACAGGCUCUCCUCUCCCUGACGCUCGGAUCCCCGGACCACAGACAACAGGCGUUAACGGAGCCAUGGAAACAGAGGCUAAUUGAUUCAAGAUGCACCCCCAUCGGAGUGUAAACCAACAACCAUCUACUGCCGCAUGUGCCAAACUUAUGAUGGAAUACUCAGAGAGCAGGCCGAUUCACCACCAUCGGCUACGCACACGCCGCGAUUCACGCGUCAACGGGGUCAUUGUCCCUAAUGCUGCCUCCAGGACCUGACAAGACCUAUGCAGUUAGUGAGAGGAAAACCCAAAAUAUCCCAGGAUGUUCAUGAACUUUCGUAAGAUGCGCAGGUGCCAGCGCGUGCAGUUGUUGACCAUGUGCCUGGUGCUAUCCCUUAUGAUGGUGUGCUGGGAACAGCUGGACCAAAGUGUGGUGAGCCACGUCAAGUCCUACUCAUACCGCUUCCUGGACAACCGUUUCGCCUUCAUCAAAGACAGUUUCACCAUUCCCCAGGAGGAGGCUCUGAGCUUUAGCAACUACCGCUACCUGCUGGACCACCAGGAUAAGUGCGCCAACCAGGAUGUCCUCCUCCUGCUGUUUGUCAAAACCUCUCCGGAGAACACCAAGAGGCGCGAGGCAAUCCGUUCCACCUGGGGCAACGAGAGCUACAUCUUCCAAACCCUCGGGGCUGACGUGAAGGUGGUCUUUGUGCUAGGGGCCCCCGGGACCACCCCAGGAGGGCCUUUUGGGACCAAAGAAGCGGGGUCUUCCGUGACCAAAAGCCACAAAGCCAUAGUCCAGGACAAGCUCGUCAAAGAGGACAGACUUAAUGGAGAUUUGAUCCAGCAAGACUUCGCAGACACAUUUCACAAUCUGACCCUGAAGCUCAUCCAGCAGUUUCACUGGGCGCACACCCGCUGCGCCCAAGCCCGGUUCGUCAUGACUGCCGACGACGACAUCUUCGUUCACAUGCCCAACCUGGUAGGCUACCUGCAGGAAAAGGCAAGAAAAGAGGUCAAAGACUUUUGGAUCGGCCGCGUGCACCGGGGGGCCCCGCCGAUUCGAGACAAGGAUAGCAAAUACUAUGUGCCUUACGAGAUGUACCCGUGGCCCACCUACCCAGACUACACAGCAGGGGCCGGGUAUGUGGUCUCCAGGGAUGUGGCGGAGAAGAUCUAUCAGGCCACUCUCAAACUCAAUGCCACCAUCUACAUAGAUGACGUGUUCAUGGGGAUAUGCGCCCACUCCAUGGGCGUUUCCCCACAGGAACAUUUGUACUUCUCAGGGGAAGGCAAGGCACCCUAUCACGUGUGCAUCUACGAUCAAAUGAUGACGUCCCAUGGUCACAUAGAGGACAUCUAUGAUCUGUGGAAGGUAGCGACAGACCCCCUGGUUAAGCAGAGGACCUCUGGGUUUCUAGGGAGGAUGUAUUGCACGGCAGCCAAACUGGCUCUCCUUUGUAGACCUUACUUUUUCAAUACAUAUCCAUGCAAGGGAGCCUUUGCCUGACAACUCCAUUUAGUGUGUGCAAGUCUGCAUUUUUGUGCUCAUGUGUGUGCAUUUGUUUGUUUCAAAAAUUGUUGAGUAGGCUUUUUAUUCUUUACAAGAGGAGAAAAGUAGGACAGACAAGAGUGUAAACAUUACUUUGUCCACAAUGAAAUAGGGAUACUUUAUGUGAGUACUGGGUGACUACAGCUCUGAAGGUGAAAAUACAUUCUGUGUUAGCGGGAAAUGGCUCACUCAUACAGCAUCAAGAGGCUGCUGAUUGCGGAUUAUAAUAAUCAACAGGUGUUUCUAGCAAAACAAUGCUGUGCAUGUUUUAUUUUAGAUUGGUGUUUAUUCAACACUUAAACUUAAGUGCUUAGGUGUUUUUGUUCUCUGGCCUUCGUUUGUUGGCUCAUGUAUUUAUGAAUAAGGAAGUUUGUUCAAGGCGAUAUGUUUGUAUGUGAUUUAAACAAACAUUUCCUUAAAUAGUAACUAGCCGAUUGUCGGCAUGAAAAAACUUGUACAUUUCAACAAUUGUUAAAAAAGCACUGAAAAACCCUUGAGGGGGAAGUAUGUUGGGGAACUAAAUGCAAACGUGUUGUGUUGAAACCGUCACAUCUUGUUUUGUCUAUUUCCUGACCAUAGCCAAACUUUCAGUUAAGUAUUUACCAGUCUAUAGCUGUCAAUACUGUAGAGGAUAAUGGUAGUGACUGCAUUAUAUAGCGCUUUUUAGACAAGCGGCCCCCGAAAGGGCUUUACAAUUAUUGCCUCUCAUUUAUACACACAUUCAUAAUCCGACAACGGUGUAUCAUAGCAGAAUUUUUCAUAAAUAUAAAGGUGUAUAUAUUAUUAAUAUAUAUUGUAUAAAGAUAAGACGUCUCUAAAUUGUGACAUGAUGAACUAAGUCCCUCAUUACUCACCAGUCAUGACUUUUUUUUUCUGCUGACAAAAGGCGUUAUUUUACCAGAACAAUCUUCGGUUUAUCUUCCUAUGAUCUAUAUGGUUAACAGGCUCCUUUUUGUAGAAAAUAAAAUGUAUUUGUAAGCUUAUAUGGCUUUUAACCUUUCUUAACCUUGUUUGCCCCUUGCAAAAUCCUUGCUUGCACCCAACCACAAUUUGAAUGGGCGAAAGAGUGGAUAUCAUCUUUUUAUUGCAAUGAUAGAAAAAACAGCGUCUACUAAAUGUCCUAAAAGUAAAUGAUAAUGUACAGGACAAAGAGUAAACAUUGGUUGGCAAGGUAUUUCAAGUAUUGGAACAUACAAAUUUGGGUAGUUACGUACAAUGAACGAUACAAUUAUACAAAGAUAUGGUAAAAUAAACAUGCUUAAUUUUAAGGAUGAGAAAACAUUUCAAACAGAAAAAUCUCAAUCUUAACAAUUGUUUAACGUGUGACGCCAAUUGUGUCUGACAAAUACAAUACAAACUUUAUUUAUAUAGCACCUUUUGUGCAAAGUUGCAAUACAAGGUGCUUAAGGGUACAGUUAGAAAAAUACAGCAGUACAAUUCUAAUACAAUACUAGUAAAACUAUAGUAUAUAUUUUUUUGUUCCGACUUUAUUCUCAGAAUUCUGAGAUUAAAGUCAGAAUUCUGACUAUAAUCUCAGAAUUCAGAGAAAAAACUCAGAAUUCUGAGAAUAAAGUCAGAACAAAAAAAAUUAUACUAUAGUUUUACUAUUAUUGUAUUGGAAGCAAAGUGUGUCUCCCACGGAGGUUGGUCCUUACAGGUACCCGACCCGUAGUUCUAUCUGUGGCCCUAAUCCUCUUCCGUAUCUUCCGUACAAAUCUACACUUGUAUCUUCAAUAAUAUCAAAACGAAAUUUCGAUAUCAUUUAUACUUUAUUCAGAAUAACAGUUUUAGUUUCAUAUCGGCUGUGUUUUGAGUUAGCCCAUUGAAGCCGUCUGGCCCACCUCUGACACUUAAGACAUUCGUUACCAGUGGCGAAUUUAGGCCUUUGGGAGCUCCAGGCGAACAGUAAUUUUGGGGCCCCUGCAUCUACCGGUCUAAUGUACCUAAUAGAGAUAGACCGAUAUGGUUUUUCAGGGCCGAUACCGAUUAUUAGUAGUCAAGGUGGCCGAUAACCGAUAUUCUGAGCCGAUAUUAAUUUACAGAGAAAGGGAAAAUAUUGGCGUCAAAAUUUUGAAUAAUACAAACUCCAACACUUAACUUCAUUUAAAUGCCUUUAAGCAUAUGUUUAAUAAACACAAAAGCUUAUCAGAUUUGCAACAUAACACCAUUUAAACAAAUAAAUGGCUCCCUAAAAUUUUCCUGAACUGAGAUGUUAAUCCCAUCCCCAUCCCCUCAUCGUGCUUCCCUGUUAUAAAACUAACUGAAUUUUACUCUCUCUUUCACACAUACAGACUUCUUACUUGUAUGACUGACUAUUUCCCUAUCAAUAUUAUCAGGAACCUUGUUUCAAGUGAUUAAACCAUUUAAAAACACUAAAUAGCCUACAGCAUAUUCACUUUAAUAAUCAGUGUUUAUCAUAGGAACAGACAGCUGCUGCUAACGUAUUGGGCCUCACAGUAACGUUAGUAGUCGUGAGUUGUAGAGUUUUGCUACAGUCUGCUGAGCGUCUAGAGCCAGAGAAGGAGAAAGCGGACCGCUGGGCUAACGUUAUGCUAAAAGCUAAUCAGCCUUCACCUUAAAGCCGGGUUUGAGGGGCUCCAUGGUUACGCAGUUGGAUAGCGCAUUACACAGUUGUAGAAGUAUAACCACUGCUUAACGUGCUUCCAUGCAAUAAAACUGGACUGAAUUGAGUUUAUUAGGUUUUUACUCUCUCCCUCACACACAGACUUCUACUAUAACAGACUAUUUCCAUAUCGAUAUUAUCAGCAACCUUGUUUCGAGUGAUUAACG